GAGAGAGAGAGAGAGAGAGAGAGAGAGAGAGAGAAGGCACUCAAUCUAUGUAAGUUGAUUUGAGUGGCUAUAAUCAUAAGAGAAGGUUAGGGCCAUGGGUUGAAAGAGGAGCAGGAAAAGGAUAUCCCCAAGACCCUGCUCUCCUGAGGGCUGCCCCUAAAGCUGGGAAGAAAAGGAGGCUGGGAAAACUGGACCUGUCAGUCACUGGUGAAGCCUGGGGUGGUUUCUCUCAGAGCAAGGCAGGGGUAGGGUGAGGAAUCAACCCUUCAGCAUCCCUCCCUCCUCACUCCUGUGUCCAUUACUUUUGUUGAUCAAGUCCCACGGGAAGGAGCUACUCUCCUUUACGGUCUAGGGGUUGUGGGAGGACUUGGGGGGACUGGAAUUUGAUGGGGGAGCUUAAGUUUAAUGCUGUUAUUUCCGGGGGCUGACAAACUCCUGGGGAUUCCCCAGAUUGAGCUCCAGGCCUUAUGGAGAAUUGAGUUGCUGGAACAGGAAUAGGGCAGUGAAGAUGGUGUUUCCCUCUACAGACCGCCUGCUGCCUGACGCCAGCCCUGGCUCAGAUGCUUCCUGUCACUGGCUUUGGUUUCCUCAUUUGUGUAGCAAGGGAGGGUGUGUGGCUUCCCAGCUUGGUGCUUCCUGGGAGCAGAACCUAAUACAUAAUUUGUGGGGCCCAGCAUGAAUGAAAAUGUAGUCCUCUUUAAAAGAAAACGUUGAGGACUUUCAAGACAGCAGCAGCCAAGUGAGCCUCCACGCUUACUAAGCACAGCCUCUCCUGAGGACAGGGUCCUAAGUGACUGAAACUGUGAGGUUCAAGGGUGAAGGGUGCUGUUGGGGUCCUGUGCCUUUCUCCCACCUACCUCUGCUCUUGGCUUGACCUGAAAGGCGCUGUGAGGACAGUGGGUGGCACCGCGGGACAGAAAGUACCCGCGCUGAGAUUAGAUGGCCUCUCUUAGAGGAGGUUUCUCUUCCUUCUGAGUCAGGAAUCAUCCCAGAGUGACUGGAGGGAUCGGAGAGUCCCUGACCCUCCCACCUUGAUGCUUGCUUACUCCGUCCAUUGAUCAGCUCUGAGCUAAGUUAACCCACUAGGGCAGGAGGUGGGAGCCAGCCGACAGCGUCCCCGACCUGUGAAAGCUGGGAGGCCUGAAGCCCCCCCCCCCCCCGCAAUGCCUCAGCCUGACCAGUGGGAGCAGGAGGGCACUGGGACUUGUGGGGAGCAGAGAUAGAAAGAGCACCAGAGCCACUUCUCUGCCUCCCCCAUCACGGCUCCUCCCUAUGACCCAGAUAGGCCAGUCUGUCCCCAAAGAGAGGCCCUGGGUGGUGGCUUCCCAAGCCUGAGCUGGAGGUCAAGGAGACUCAGAAGACGAUGUCAGGAGAGCAGAGAGAUUGGCACAGUCGUGACAAUCAGCGUCAGGGUUUCGGGGAGUCUUAGUAAGUUUUGACAGAACUAGUCCUCACGAGUGGUCUGUGUGAGCCCAGCUCCUGAGCCAUGACAGAGAUGGGAGCAGAAGGAGACACUCUCUCCACCAAGGAAUGCUUCUACCCGGAGCUGUAACUGGAAGGGUAGAGGUUGUCCUUCAGGAAGGACCAUCCUGGCAGUGAGCAAUGUGUUUAGGAUGGAGAUGGCAUACUUACUGGAGACAGAGCAGCCCGGGUCAUUGUGCCCAUCAACCUGAAGUCAGCUGACCUGGAGCCAUCUGGUGACAGUCUCUGUCUGACCAUGGCCCUACCAUCCCCGGGCCAGGACCCCUGGAGUCUCCUGGGUGGUUUUUUCUUCCAACUGCUCCUGCUGCUGUCACUGCCACCUGCUUCUGGGACUGGUGGCCAGGGGCCCAUGCCCAGAGUCAAAUAUCAUGCAGGAGAUGGGCACAGAGCCCUCAGCUUCUUCCACCAAAAAGGCCUCCGAGACUUUGACACGCUGCUCCUGAGCGCCGAUGGCAACACUCUCUACGUGGGAGCUCGAGAGGCCGUCCUGGCCCUGAAUAUCCAGAGCCCAGGAAUCCCCCAGCUGAGGAACAUGAUACCCUGGCCAGCUAGUGAGAGAAAAAAGAAUGACUGUGCCUUUAAGAAGAAGAGCAGUGAGACACAGUGUUUCAACUUCAUCCGUGUCCUGGUCUCUUUCAACACCACCCACCUCUACGCCUGUGGGACCUUUGCCUUCAGCCCUGCUUGUGCCUUCAUUGAGCUCCAAGAUUCCCACCUGUUGCCCAUCCUAAAGGACAAGGUCAUGGACGGGAAGGGUCAAAGCCCCUUUGACCCGGCUCACAAGCACACAGCUGUCUUGGUUGAUGGGAUGCUCUACUCGGGCACCAUGAACAACUUCCUGGGCAGUGAGCCCAUCCUGAUGCGGACACUGGGCUCCCAGCCUGUUCUCAAGACUGACAUCUUCCUCCGCUGGCUGCACCCGGAUGCCUCCUUCGUGGCAGCCAUCCCAUCUACCCAGGUCGUCUAUUUCUUCUUCGAGGAGACAGCCAGCGAGUUUGACUUCUUUGAGGAGCUGUACAUAUCCCGGGUGGCUCGAGUCUGCAAGAACGACGUGGGUGGUGAAAAGCUGCUGCAGAAGAAGUGGACCACCUUUUUGAAGGCCCAGCUGCUCUGCACCCAGCCGGGCCAGCUGCCAUUCAACAUCAUCCGCCAUGCGGUCCUGCUGCCCGCCCAUUAUUCCUCCGUUUCCCGCAUCUAUGCAGUCUUUACCUCCCAGUGGCAGGUUGGUGGGACCAGGAGCUCGGCCGUCUGCGCCUUCUCUCUCACAGACAUCGAGCGUGUCUUUAAAGGAAAGUUCAAGGAGCUGAACAAGGAAACUUCCAGAUGGACCACUUACAGGGGCCCGGAGGCCAACCCGAGGCCAGGCAGCUGCUCCACAGGCCCGUCCUCGGACAAGGCUUUGACCUUCAUGAAGGACCAUUUCCUGAUGGAUGAGCACGUGGUAGCAAGGCCCCUGCUGGUGAAGUCCGGUGUGGAGUACACGCAGCUUGCUGUGGAACUAGCUCAGGGUCUGGACGGGAGCAGCCAUGUAGUCAUGUAUCUGGGCACUUCCACAGGAUCCCUGCAUAAGGCUGUGGUACCUGAGAACAGCAGCGCUUAUCUUGUGGAGGAGAUCCAGCUGAGCCCUGAGCCAGAGCCUGUUCGAAACCUGCAGUUGGCCCCCACCCAAGGUGCUGUGUUCUCAGGCUUCUCAGGAGGCGUCUGGAAAGUUCCUCGGGCCAAUUGCAGAGUCUAUGAGAGCUGUGUGGACUGUGUCCUUGCCAGGGACCCUCACUGCGCCUGGGACCCUGAGUCAGGCAUCUGCAGCCUUCUGUCUGGCUCUACCCCGAGCGCCUGGAGACAGGACAUGGAACAAGGCAACCCGGAGUGGGCGUGUGCUCGAGGCCCCAUGCCCAGGAGCCCCAGGCGGCAGAGCCCCCCUCAACUUAUUAAAGAAGUCCUGGCAGUCCCCAACUCCAUCCUGGAGCUGCCCUGCCCUCACCUGUCAGCCCUGGCAUCUUACUACUGGAGUCACGGCAGAACCACGAUCCCAGAAGCCUCUUCUGCCAUCUACAAUGGCUCCCUCUUGUUGCUGCCUCAGGAUGGUGUUGGGGGCCUCUACCAGUGUGUGGCCACUGAGAACGGCUACUCAUACCCUGUCGUCUCCUACUGGGUAGACAGCCAAGACCAGUCCCUGGCCCUGGAUCCUGAACUAGCAGGCAUUCCCCGGGAACGCGUGGAAGUCCCACUGACCAGGGUUGGUGGUGGAGCGUCCAUGGCUGCCCAGCGGUCCUACUGGCCUCACUUUCUCAUCGUCACCGUCCUCCUGGCCCUAGUGCUCUUAGGAGUACUCACCCUCCUCCUCGCUUCCCCACUGGGAGCACUACGGGCUCGGGGCAAGGUUCAGGGCUGUGGGACACUAUCCCCCAGGGAAAAGGCCCCAUUGAGUAGGGAACGGCAUCUCCAGCCCUCCAAGGACUAUAGGACCUCUGCCAGUGACGUCGAUGCUGACAACAACCAUCUAGGCACUGAAGUGGCUUAAACUGAGGGCACAGAUGGGAACUGAGCAGGGAGAGCCCCUGGUCUGGUGCCUGAGUCUGGCACAGUGCCUCCCCGACUAGGGUGAAGGCUUUCCUGCUAUUGUGUGUCACCUGCAGCACCCAGUAGGGCCUCCCCUAGGGGACUUUCUUCUGUAAGCACAUGCCUCCACGCCUGGAAGAGCCAGAUAGGAGUCUUCAGUCUUGAUCAACCAACCCCAAGAGCUUCAGGAGACCCUGAAGCUGUUCCUGUCCAGGAUUCCAUGGUGACACACCCGAGCAUCUGAGCAAGGUGGGGUUGUUCCUGCAAGCUGCCACUCUGGAAGCAGCUGCUGCUUUGAAACACCAGCCCUCCCUUCUCCUGGGGUCACCAAGAUUCUUUGGGAGCUGGCCCCCUGUGCUUCCCUGUACCAAUCAUGCCCUACUGCUUGGGAAGUCUUUUCUGAAGUCUGACCACCUUCUUGCUUCAGUUUAAACAGGUUGUUACUGUCUCUGCCCUGACUGGAAUGGCGGGCAUAAUCUGAGCCUUGUUCUCUUGUCUAGUGUGGCUGACCCCUUGAAUUCCUCCUUCCUUGUCCCUUUGUUUUGGGAUUCAGAAAACUGCUCGUCACAGACAAUUUAUUUUUUAUUAAAAAAGAUACAAGCUUUAAGCAAGGUU